CGCUGGUCUGGUAAAUUGCUUGGAGCUCAUUAAGGAUUGAUACGGCGAUUUAAGGAGAUAAUGACAGAAGAGCUUUUUCUAAGGAGCAAAGGGGAAACACACGGUCGUGGUGUAUUUGCAAAGGGUUCCAUUUCUCAAGGAGAUUUCGUUCUCGAAUACAGGGGAGAAUUCCUGUUGUUGAAGCCCAGAGAAGGAGGCUGAUAUACCACGAAUCAUGUACUGCAUUUCUUUUCAUGUUUAGGUGGAGAGGAAAAACACGGUGUAUCGAUGCCGCCAGAGAUGACGGUUCACUUGGGCGCCUCGUUAACGACGAACACAGGCGUCCAAACUGUAAAAUGAAAAAUAUUGAUGUCAAUGGAAGCCCACAUCUUUGUUUGUUUGCCCUUAUGGACAUAAAACAAGGAGAAGAAAUUUCAUACGAUUAUGGAGGUGAAGACUGCCCAUGGAGAACAGAAACGACCACAGUUGGACCAAAUGCACUGCUGGUAGAAGAUUUGCAUACUGUUGUCCUGGCAAAUACCGAAGUGGGUGAUGCUACUCAUCCAAACAUCGCUCAACAGAUGACCACAGUUGGAGACGAUGCCCUGCUAGAUGGGGGCUUGAAACCUGUCCUUUCAAAUACCGAAGGGGAUGAUGAUGCUACUCGUCCAGAAAUCACUCAACAAAUGACCACAGUUGGAGACGAUGCCCUGCUAGAUGGGGGCUCGAAACCUGUCCUUUCAAAUACCGAAGGGGAUGAUGAUGCUACUCGUCCAAAAAUCACUAAACAGAAAAGGUUCUUGAAAGUGAAGACGAAAGCACACAGGGGGCACACUGUUCAUCUACUGUUGAUGCAGAAGAGACUCUUCCUCACAUCGAGAGCCCUGAAAUUCCACCAACCAAGAAGCGAAGACAACGGCCGUUGGUUGAAAUGCCGGAAGAAGUCGGCGCUAUGAGGCCUUCCUCCCAAGCAGAGACUCUUCCUCACAUCGAGAGCCCUGAAAUGCCACCACCCAAGAAACGCAGACAACGGCCUUUGGUGGAAAUGCCGGAAGAAGUCGGCGCCAUGAGAAAAAAAGAGAACAUGAAUUACAAAUUCACAUUUUCCUGAAUGUAUGAAAAGUGAGCCCAGACAGUGAUCAUAUUGCACAAUUUAUUUGUAUUCCUUUUAGCUGUUCCUUUUCCCCAGUGUUGAUUUUCAGUUAAGUUCAAGUGGCAGAAUGCACAAAUCAAUGUUUGAUCCAUAAGUAGAGUGCACAUAAGUUUACUUUCUGCUUUACUGUAGAUACUGGCUUAUUCUGUAUACCAAAUUCCAGCACACAUUCCUAACCGUUUGAAUUACAAUUUUCUCUGCCCACUUUAAGGUAAAGCUGCAAAGAAGAAAAAACCCUGGCAGCCGACGGAGGUCCAGGCAGUCGAGAGGCACAUGACUCGCUUCAUCACCUCUUGCAUUGUACCUGGGAAGAGUGAUUGCGAGAAAUGUUUAAGGGUUGAACCAGAAGCACUACAGAACCGGGAUUGGCAGAACCUUAAAUUCUACAUUCAUAACCGAAUUAAGUCCUACAAAAAGAAGUGGCAAUGAAAAUAGUUUAUACAUUGCAUGUAUAAUGUAUAAUAUUAUACAUUAUACAUGUAUAAUAAUUUUUAAUUAUUAUACAUGUAUAUAUAUCAACGUAAUUGAAACAUGAGUCUGAAAGAAGUUUAAUUAUUAUAGAUUUAAAUUUCAGGUAGUCGUUCAGUACUAUCAUUUUGCUCAGAAAGGCCAAAAAGGGCAUAAUUUUAAAAGAAUAUGGUGACGUUUCUACCUUGAUUCUGUAUUUCCAGAUGCUUUGUAUCCAACAAAUCUUGUUGAAGGGCCAAUAAAAGCCCAAUAAUGAGUGAGACCUCAAUAAAAGUUUACUUUUGCAAUUUAAAUGUGUAAUUCAUGUCUUGGAAUUCAAGAGGUAGUUAGUCUUAGCAUUGUUGCAUAGUUUAAGGAGAUUGACUGAAACUGUA